UUUUUAUAACUCCUUCUCGGGAGUCCGGCAGUAGCCACUGCCGCCGCCAGCCAAGCGACCUAGCGCUUCCGCUCCCAGGAGCUGGGCUCCGAGUUCCAGCGCGCCGGGCACCGCCGCAGCCAGCCAGCAUGUCGUCCGGGGUCAAGAAACAGAAGACGGAGACCCAGCAGAAAUCCACCAAUGUUGUGUAUCAGGCGCAUCAUGUGAGCAGGAAUAAGAGAGGGCAGGUGGUUGGAACACGGGGUGGAUUCCGAGGAUGUACCGUGUGGCUGACAGGUCUCUCUGGUGCUGGAAAAACAACGAUCAGUUUUGCUCUGGAGGAGAAUCUCGUCUCCCACGCCAUCCCUUGCUACUCCCUCGAUGGGGACAACGUCCGUCAUGGCCUCAACAAAAACCUUGGAUUCUCUCCUUGGGACAGAGAAGAAAACAUCCGCCGGAUUGCUGAGGUGGCCAGGCUGUUUGCCGACGCUGGUCUGGUCUGCAUUACCAGCUUCAUUUCUCCUUUUGCAAAGGAUCGUGAGAAUGCCCGCAAAAUCCAUGAAUCUGCAGGACUGCCAUUCUUUGAGAUAUUUGUAGAUGCGCCUCUAAACAUUUGUGAAAGCAGAGAUGUAAAAGGUCUCUACAAACGGGCCCGAGCUGGGGAGAUCAAAGGGUUUACGGGUAUUGAUUCUGAUUAUGAGAAACCUGAAACUCCUGAGCUUGUGCUUAAAACCAAUUUGUCCUCGGUGAGCGAGUGUGUGCAGCAGGUGGUGGAACUUCUACAGGAGCAGAACAUUGUACCCCACACUAUAAUCAAAGGCAUCCACGAACUCUUUGUGCCAGAAAACAAACUCGACCAAGUCCGAGCUGAGGCCGAAGUGCUCCCUUCGUUAUCAAUUACCAAGCUGGAUCUUCAGUGGGUCCAAGUUCUGAGUGAAGGCUGGGCCACUCCCCUCAAAGGUUUUAUGCGGGAAAAGGAGUACUUGCAGGUUAUACACUUUGGCACCCUGCUAGAUGACGGAGUGAUCAACAUGAGUAUCCCCGUCGUGCUGCCCGUCUCUGCAGACGAUAAGACACGGCUGGAAGGGUGCAACGAGUUUGUCCUGACACACGGGGGACGGAAGGUGGCUAUCUUACGAGACCCUGAAUUCUACGAACACAGAAAAGAGGAGCGUUGUUCCCAUGUGUGGGGCACAACCUGUGCAAAACACCCCUACAUCAAAACCCUGGUAUCAACCAUUCUAUUUUCUAUGAAGUUGACUACUUUAGAUACCCAUAUGGUGAUGGAAAGUGGGGAUUGGCUGGUUGGUGGUGACCUUCAGGUGCUGGAGAGAAUACGGUGGAAUGAUGGGUUGGACCAAUACCGCCUAACACCUCUGGAGCUCAAACAGAAAUGUAAAGAAAUGAAUGCUGAUGCAGUGUUUGCAUUCCAGUUGCGCAAUCCUGUCCACAACGGCCAUGCUCUGCUGAUGCAGGACACCCGCCGCCGGCUCCUGGAGAGAGGCUACAAGCACCCGGUCCUCCUGCUCCACCCCCUGGGUGGCUGGACCAAGGAUGAUGAUGUGCCCCUGGACUGGCGGAUGAAGCAGCACACAGCUGUGCUCGAGGAGGAGGUUCUAGAUCCCCAAUCCACCAUCGUGGCCAUCUUCCCAUCUCCCAUGUUGUAUGCUGGCCCCACAGAGGUCCAAUGGCACUGCAGGUCCCGGAUGGUUGCAGGGGCCAAUUUCUACAUUGUGGGCCGGGACCCUGCAGGAAUGCCCCACCCUGAGACCAAGAAAGACCUAUAUGAACCUACUCAUGGGGCCAAGGUCUUGACCAUGGCCCCUGGCCUCACCUCUGUGGAAAUCAUUCCAUUCCGAGUGGCUGCCUACAACAAAGCCAAAAAAGCCAUGGACUUCUAUGAUCCAGCAAGGCACAAUGAGUUUGACUUCAUCUCAGGAACUCGUAUGAGGAAGCUGGCCCGGGAAGGAGAGAAUCCCCCAGAUGGCUUCAUGGCCCCCAAAGCAUGGAAAGUCCUGACAGAUUAUUACAGGUCCCUGGAGAAGAACAACUAAAUGCCCAUUAG